AAACGCAUACUUCAGGAUUAUGAAGAACACACCCAGUGACAUCAGUGAGGUUUGAAGAAGAAGAAGAAAAAAAAGCUCUCAACUCAAACUGUGCAGAGGAGGAACAAGAGGGCCGAAAGGUCCUGCGCGCUUUUCUUUCGGCUCUUUCUCGGCGUGUUGCUCUUUUCAAAGUUCCGGAGAGUUUGGGGACUGAAGUUGCGCUUCAACUUUUCUUCGUGACUGCAGUGGAGCGCAGAGAGUCGCGUUUCUCGACAGAGGAGGAUGUCAACUUCAGAGGAGGGAGACGGGCCCCGGCCCAGAUAUGGCUCUGUACUGGAUGGCGUGGAGCGGCUCACAGCUGAGGAGAUGGAUGAGCGGCGCCAGCAGAACAUGGCCUAUGAGUACCUGUGCCACCUGGAGGAAGCCAAAAGAUGGAUGGAGGCCUGCCUGGAUGAGGAGUUGCCUCCAACAACAGAGCUGGAGGAGGGGCUGAGAAACGGCGUUUAUCUGGCAAAACUGGGCAACUUCUUUGCUCCGCAGACGGUUUCCCUCAAGAAGAUUUACGACCGUGAGCAGACACGGUACAAGGCGACUGGUCUCCAUUUUAGACACACAGACAAUGUCAUCCAGUGGCUCAACGCCAUGGCAGAGAAGGGACUGCCAAAGAUCUUCUACCCUGAGACCACAGACAUAUAUGACCGGAAGAACAUGCCACGCUGCAUCUACUGCAUACAUGCACUCAGUCUGUACUUGUUCAAGUUGGGCCUGGCACCUCAGAUCCAGGACCUAUAUGGAAAAGUCGAUUUCACUGAGGAGGAGAUCAACAACAUGAAGAGCGAGCUGGAAAAGUAUGGAAUCCAGAUGCCCGCCUUCAGCAAGAUUGGUGGGAUCCUGGCCAAUGAGCUCUCAGUGGAUGAAGCGGCAUUGCACGCUGCUGUGAUUGCCAUAAAUGAGGCCAUUGACCAGGGCGUACCAGAGGGCACGCUGGCCGCUAUGCAAAACCCCAACGCCAUGCUGGUCAACCUGGAUCGCAGCUGUGCUCAGCAGUACCACGACACGUUGUACCAGGCCAAAGGGAAGAAGGUGGCCAACUCACGCAAGCGGCAAAUGGAGAACGCCGAGGCAGAGAGGGACAUCUACGAUGAGCUUCUUACCCAGGCAGAAAUCCAAGGCAAUGUCAAUAAGGUCAACGUGAACAAUGCUUUGAGUGAAGCUGAACAGGCCUUGCUGAGUGGAGAUGAGGAUAAGUUGUAUGAGGCGCUGAAGGCCAUGGGCAUUCAGAACCUGCAGCCCCAGAACAAAGCCUGGUACCUGAAACAGCUGCAGGGUGACCGAGAGAACAAAGAGCAGACGUCUCCAGGAGAAGCCCUGACUAAGGACGAGCUGCAGAGCGGCGUGGACGUGGCCAACGGGAUAGCAGAGAGCUACCUAAAGAUGCUGAAAGCAGUGGAACGGAUCAAUAAUGCAAUCAGAGAAGGUGUGCCAGAAAAGACGGUGGAGGAGCUCAUGAACCCUGACGCACAGCUGCCUGAGGUCUACCCGAGCGCUGCAGACCUCUACCAGAGAGAGCUAGCCAGCCUGCAGCAGCAGAGCCAAGAGGGCAACCUUACCCACCCCGAGCUGCUCGUUGCCGUGGAGAUGCUGUCAUCGGUGGUGCUAAUGAACGAGGCGCUGGACGUCAGAGACCGAGCUGCUCUCUGGAAGCAACUGUCCAGCACCGUAACUGGACUCAGCAACGUUGAGGAUGAGUAUGCUCAGAGAUACAUGGAUGAACUGAUGCGUCUCAAAGCAGCAGCCAGAGAGGAAGGGUCCGACUAUCUGACCUGGAACGACAUUCAGGCCUGCAUCGACCAGGUCAACCUGGCUGUGCAGGAGGAGCAUGAACGAAUUGCUGCCAUUGGGUUGAUCAAUGAAGCCCUGGAUGAGGGAGAUCCUACGAAGACGCUGUCCAUGCUCCAGAGUCCGUCAGCCAAGCUCACAGACGUGGACCCGUCGAUUGCUCAGCACUACCAUGACAAACUGCUGGAGGCCCGCAGAGAGAAGGCUCAUGAGACACAGGAUCCUUCUGCUGUGCUGUGGCUGGAUGAGAUCCAGGAUGCCAUUCUGAAAGCCAACCAGGACACAAAAGAGGCUUUGCAGUUCUCUCAGGCCAUCCAGGCUGUUAACGAGGCGGUGGACAGCGGAGAUGCAGCUCAGACGCUGGCUGCUCUGCGUAGUCCCGGAGCAGGACUGUAUGGCGUCACGUCUGAGUGUGCGCAGACCUAUCAGGACGACCUGGCCAAGAUCAAACAGGAGAAAAAGAAAGAAGGUGAUAAUGGCAGUGAGUGGGUGAAACACUGGGUCAAGGGAGGACACAACUAUUACUACAACCUGCAAACCAAGGAGGGCACCUGGGUGGAGCCAGAGAACUUCAUUCAGAACAACACUCAGCUCAACAAGGAGGACAUCCAGGGCGUGGUCUCUGGGGUAACCACGGCCUACAAUCGAGAGCAGCUGUGGCUGGCCAAUGAAACUCUAAUAACCAAGUUACAAGCCCGCUGCCGUGGCUAUCUGGUCCGAAAAGGCCAAAAGGAGAGGAUGGAGUUCCUGAAAUCCCAAGACCCUGCUGUUACCUGUAUACAGGCUCACUGGAAAGGCUACAAACAGAGGAAGGCGUUCAAAGACCGUAAGGAGUACCUGAAAGACCACACUGCUGAGGCCGUCAAGAUCCAGUCCAUGGUUCGGAUGCAUCAAGCUCGUAAGAAGUAUAAGGAUCGUCUGAAGUACUUUGAAGAUCACAUCGAUGAUGUGGUGAAGAUUCAGGCUUUCAUCAGAGCCAACAAGGCCAGGGACGACUACAAGACUUUAAUCAGCGCUGACAAUCCUCCGAUGGGGGUGGUGAGGAAGUUCGUCCACCUGCUGGACCACAGUGACCAGGACUUCCAGGAGGAGUUGGAACUGAUGCGGCUUCGUGAGGAGGUGGUCACCAACAUCCGUUCCAACCAGCAGCUGGAGAACGACCUGAACCUGAUGGACAUCAAGAUUGGCCUGCUGGUGAAGAACAAGAUCACGUUGCAGGAGGUGGUGUCCCACAGUAAAAAGCUGACCAAGAAGAACAAGGGCCAGCUGUCGGACAUGAUGAUGAUGACCAAGCAGAAGGGAGGCCUGAAGGCUCUAAGCAAAGAAAAGCGGCUUAAACUGGAAGCCUACCAGUACCUCUUCUACCUGUUACAGACCAACCCCACGUAUCUCGCCAAGCUGAUCUUCCAGAUGCCACAGAAUAAAUCCACCAAGUUCAUGGACUCUGUAAUCUUCACUCUGUAUAACUAUGCAUCAAACCAGAGAGAGGAGUACCUGCUACUCAAGCUCUUCAAGACUGCCCUGCAGGAGGAGAUCAAGUCAAAAGUGGACCAGAUGAAGGAGAUCGUCACUGGAAAUCCUACCGUAAUCAAGAUGGUAGUGAGCUUCCACAGAGGUGCACGGGGGCAGAAUGCACUGCGGCAGAUCCUGGCGCCAGUUGUCAAGGAGAUCAUGGAUGACAAAACGCUAAACAUCAAGACCGACCCAGUGGACAUCUACAAGGGUUGGGUGAACCAGAUGGAGUCUCAGACUGGAGAGGCCAGUAAGCUGCCUUAUGACGUCACUCCGGAGCAGGCCAUGAGCCACGAGGAGGUGAGGACCAGACUGGAAGCCUCCAUCAAGAACAUGAAGACAAUCACUGACAAAUUCCUGUCUGCCAUAAUCGUCUCUGUGGAAAAGAUUCCAUACGGGAUGCGGUUCAUCUCCAAAGUGCUGAAGGACACUCUGCAUGAAAAGUUCCCAGAUGCUACGGAGGACGAGCUGCUCAAGAUUGUGGGCAACCUUUUGUAUUACCGCUACAUGAACCCGGCCAUCGUGGCUCCCGAUGCCUUUGACAUCAUCGAGAUGUCUGCUGGUGGUCAGCUGACCACCGAGCAGCGACGGAACCUGGGCUCUGUGGCCAAGAUGCUGCAGCACGCCGCCUCCAACAAGAUGUUCCUGGGAGAUAACGCCCACCUCAAUCCCAUCAACGAAUACCUUAGCACCUCCUACCAGAAGUUCAGGCGCUUCUUUCUGGCAGCGUGCGAUGUCCCCUCACUUGAAGACAAGUUCAACGUGGAUCAGUACUCAGACUUGGUCACAGUCACCAAACCUGUCAUCUACAUCUCCAUUGGAGAGAUUAUUAACACUCACACACUGCUGCUGGACCAUCAGGAUGCCAUCGCCCCAGAGCACAAUGACUCCAUCCACGAGCUGCUUGAGGACCUAGGCGAGGUUCCCACUGUGGAGUCCCUCAUUGGUGAAAAUCCUCUCCCCGCUGACGACCCCAACAAAGAGCUGAUGGGCAAGACCGAAGUGUCGCUCACUCUCACGAAUAAAUUCGAUGUCCCCGGUGAGGCCAAUGCUGAGAUGGACGCAAAGACGCUCCUGCUAAACACCAAGAGGCUCAUUGUGGAUGUGAUCCGGUUCCAGCCUGGGGAGACUCUGACCGAGAUCCUGGACUCAACAGCCAGCCCAGAGCAGGAGGCAGAGUACCAGCGGGCCAUGCAGAGGAGAGCAAUCAGAGAUGCCAACACGCCAGAGAAGAUGAAGCAGGUCAAACCGGUGGUGGACGACAGCCUGACCCUGCAGGGCAAGAAGGACAAGAUCAAGAGUAACCUGCAGAGGCUGGCAGAGCUGGGGAAGGUCCACCCGGAGAACCGUUAUCAGGACCUCAUCAAUGACAUCGCCAAGGACAUCAGGAAUCAGAGACGGUAUCGGCAGCGGAGGAAAGCCGAGCUGGUGAAGCUUCAGCAGACCAACGCCGCCCUGAAUUCAAAGACCAACUUUUACAACGUGCAAAUUGACUCCUACAAUCAGUACAUCAAGACCUGCAUGGACAACCUGGCCAGCAAGGGCAAGUUGUCAAAGAAACCAGGCGACAACAAGGCUAAGAAGAGCAAACAGGUUUCUCAGAAAUACACAGCCGCCCGCCUGCACGAAAAGGGCGUGCUGAUCUCCAUAGAGGACCUGCAGCCCAACCAGUUCAAGAAUGCCAUUUUCGAGAUUUCCCCAUCAGAGACGGUCGGAGUGUUUGACGUGAAGGCCAAGUUCAUGGGCGUCCACUUGGAGACGCUACAGUUAGAAUAUCAGGAUCUGCUCCAGCUGCAGUAUGAAGGCGUGGCAGUGAUGAAGCUCUUCGACCGGGCCACCAUUAAUGUCAACCUGCUCAUUUUCCUGCUCAACAAGAAAUUUUAUGGGAAAUAGAGGAAAAAAAGAGGAGAAAAAAGGGCUAGAGACACUGAAACCACAAACCCGCCUCUGAGGGUUGCUUUAAAGCCCUGACCGGAACCAUGCUGUCUUACCUACACAUUUCCUCCAGCACGUCUCCACUGUGCCUAUACAAGUUUAUGCAUUAUGUUUUAUUACAUGAACAUGUAAUGUCCUUUGUUCUUAAUGGAAAACCUCCGUUACCCAAGUUUUUUCCUAGUGCCUCAUCUCUCAUUGAGGCUCGGUCAGAGGUUUAAGAUUUGUAAUUUCUUUUUUUGCUCUAAAUAUUCUGAAUAUGUUGUGCAUGGGCUUAGAUUUAUUCUAAAAAGAAAAAAAGUGUAUUUUUUUUAUGUAAAGAGAGUUUUACGUCUGUUAGUUCAUCCGCUCACCUGACUGAGAAAAGCCCGAUGAACAUCAUCGAUGUGCAUGCGUACUUAUCAGCAGGGUUGUAGUACACGGCACUUUGUCCAGGAAAAACUGAAAGAAAGAAAACGAUGCGCUCCUUAUCUUUGAUCCUGUGUUUUAUAUGAAAACACUGCAGCGUCUCUCUGAUCAUCUUCUCCUGGCUUUACUGUGACAUCAGACAUCAGUCACCAAAAUGUCCAAUUCUAACAUUGAGCUGCAGGAGUGUGACGGUUACCUCUGAAAUGCAGGCUGCACUGCUGCUGAUCUGGCUCUGAGGCCUUUCCUGUCUACAGACGGGUCAGUGGUUUUGAGUGGACUGAGCUGGCCAUGACUGCAGCCCUGCUGCUUCUCAGAACUGACCCGCCAUGCAUUUGUGCUUCUGGCUCCCGCAAGAGAAGCAAGCGAAACGUGGAAUCACACGAAACUGGGCAGACGUGCAGCUUUGCUGGCUUUCUCAGAUGACUUACUGGAAAUCAUUCUUUUCUCUUUCAUUUUCUCUUUAUGGUGCAGAACGAUUUAUUACGUUAUAAAAAGGGUAAGCACAACAUGAUGCUUGAUGAAUUGUAAGACACAAGAUAGGAUUUGGACUUGUAAGCUAAGCAGAUGUUAAAUACUGAGAAUUUUUCUAGCGUUGAAAAUAACUGGUCGCCCUUAUUUAUAUUUUAUAUGUUUUCAGUCUGCUGGAGCUGAUGGUUGCACCAUCACCCAGCGAGCUCCAGUGUGCGUGCAGUGUUACAGCACCUUGUGGGCCCACUAGAUGUCACUCUGCGCUGUCACGUCGUGGCGUUUGAGCGGUCCUUGAAGCGAUUGUUUCAGCCAGGCUGAGAAUCUGUGCAGACUUGGUGAAAUCGAUUUUCCUUCCCACGCAGAGGUGGCCACCUUGCGCUCUCUUCAUUAUUUGUUCUUCAUUUGAUGAAAUGUGCUUGUUCCAGUUUCAGAAUAAAGCUCUACCAAUGCACUGCCUUUUUCCUAAUCUUACAGUUUUCGUGCAGGAAGAGAAGGCGUUUUCCCAAAUGAGCCUCUCCAUUUUAUGUUACAACCACCUGUAAACCCACCUCCACUACACACACACAACCAGAAGGAAUGUUUAGUAAAAUUACAACCCCACUUCCCACAAAGUUUGGAUGUUGUGUAAAAUGUUAAUAAAAUGGUGAUUUUCAAA